AUGGUCUUUGAGGGAAGUCGCAUGGCUUCUGUCUGGAAGCAUGAGCCCGAGAAGCCAUUCUUUGAGCUUCCGUUGCUCAAUCGCCGUGCCCGGGUUGGCAUCUCCAUGCAGCUCUGUGGAGUGGCAUCUUCUUGUACAACAAAGUCCCACUGCCUUUGGGAUAGAAAUCAUGACAUGUACGUGGAGAUGUUUUUCGGACCACAGGCCCGUGUGGCACCUGGCAUCGCCGCGUUCCACGGGCUCCCAUCAGCCAAUUCCUUGUAUUGGACCCAUCCUACAUUGGUGUCACAAUACUCCUGCUUCGGUGCAUUAUCGCAGGGCUAUGGUGGUGUCCAAAUUCGUGGUUUGCCUGGAGAGCCGAAGCAAAAAAUUGCCUGCUAUUCCGGACGGUGGCUGCACUAUGUCCGUGCAUGCGGCAUGCCUUUGCAGCGUGUGCCACGGGGUGCUCCGCCCCGAUGGUUCGCGCAGCAGCAUACCCGUCUGCAGGAUUUGGUGCGUGUUCUGGGAGGCAUCGAUGCAGCGGAGUUGGAGGAUGCUCGUGUGGAGCUGCGACUCUCGGAGAACGCCACGUUUUGGGAGGAGCAGGUGGUGCUAUUGCGGACCAUCUUCCUGCAGACAGCUCACCACAUCAACAUCCGCAUGUUGCCGGUACAUGCAGUUAAAGAGCAGCUACACUAUGCGUUGGGCUGUGCUGCUGAGGCAGGUCUCUUCGCGUUUGGCCGCCUCAACUCUGGCGUUGCUGCACCGGCUUGGAAACACCGCGACUACAGCCGUCUCCUACAUGCACUGGGUGCGGUGAACAAAUUCACUGUCCGGAGCGGCUAUGAGGCUUGGCGAGACAAUGUGGCCUGGGGUUCAGGACUUGCGGAUGGUCUGCAAGUUUCCGUGCAGUAUGUGGAUAUGUGGCCCACCAAUCCUGCCGUCCCCCGUCACAUUCCAAGACUGCACAUCACCAAUGACAUGACAGCGCAACAGGUGGCAGAUCUUGGCCAAUCUACUCUGGUGGAUUGGGAGGCAGUGGUGCGCCUCACAUUCCUUGAUGCGUCCAUGGCCUGUGGCAAUGUCCUCUUCGGCUUCGGCGGUGAAGUUGAAUUGGCUUGCGACGAUGGCACUCUCUCGGUCACCAGCCACAACUGCCAGCCGAACCCUUGUGAGGCGGGCCUGUUGAUUCAAGCAACGAUCUACGGAGUCACUGGAAUUGCGCCUCUCAUCUUCGAUACUGACCACCUCGGCACCGGCCUGGUCGACUGCUACAGCAUCAACCCGGAGACCACGGGACGCUUCGAGGCCACGUGCUUCGCCAGGACUCUAACACUCGUGUCGGAAACGGCUUGCCGGAAGUCCUGUACGGACACUUCCCCUGCCAGCGUGCAGAUCGAUGGCUUCAACUACACCGUCCUUCCUGUCGGCACCAUCCCGCACAACAGGACUCAGACCCAAAAUUGCAGUGCCUUUUGGCCGGGAUACGAGGGCACCAUAGAUGUGCAGUGCAUCGACGACGUGUCCAGCGUGGUUGGGGAAGCCUGCAUUCCUCUGCCAUGCCCAGAUCCGAGGAUGGAUGACGAGAACUUCACCGCAACGGAGCCGACCUUGCCUCCUUAUUUCGUUUACUACGACAACUGCUCCAUCAUUCAGCCAGAGCUCGUGGGCGAGAUCUCGUACACGUGCAUCGGAGGGCAAGUCAGGACCAAUGCAUCUGCUUGCAAUGCUCCCUGCAAUGCCACCGAAUCCGACACUGACAUCCAUGGGUCAGAGUCCAUGAUUCCUUGCGCGACCUUCAUUAGCAGCAUGUUCGACGGCAAUGCCUACUUGACAUGCGAUGAUGGCGCCUAUGUGUCGAACAUCACGGGCUGCCAGCGGGCGUGCCUGCCCGGAGAGACCACGACCGUGGUGGUCGCAGGAGAUGUCCUUGACGAUGUGUCGGUGCUGGCACGGCUCAUGUCGGGAUUCGCGGAGCAGAGAAGCUGCGGCACGUUGGACACUGGCUACCACGGCAUCCUGAAUUUGACUUGCUCGAACGGCCUGCUUACGGACAGCCACAGCUGCCACAAGCUGUGCCUCACCACGGGCAGCGUUGACGUUUCCAUUGGCGGCAGCGUCUAUGCAGUCUCGCCGUUGGCCAACAUUGAGCACGACCAGACUGGACUGGUCUCCUGCGGCAGCGUCGUUUCGGGCUACACCGGGGACGUCGUGCUCACGUGCAACGAGGGCACAGUGACGGCCGAUACUUCGGCUUGUAUGGCACCUUGCACUCAGGGACAAAGCAUCUCGGUGACCUUCGCUGGGGAGGCAAAAGGCCUGACUCUGUCAUCGGAGAUUACACACGGCCAAACUAAUACGGAAGGCUGCAACAGUGCCGAUUCCGGCUUUGCGGGUGAUUUGGUCAUUGCCUGCAGCGACGGGGUAGCAACCCUGAGCUCCGAGACCUGCGCUGAGCGGAGCUGCCCUGAGGAUUUGAGUUGGCAGAUGACUCUUGGCAAUGCGACGGUCACGAAAGCUCUGGACGCCGAGAUCGCUCACGGCGGCAUGACCACACUGAACUGCAGCGAGGUGAACCACGAGUGGGACAAUGAAAUUGCAGUCACCUGUGUCAAGGGUGCUUUGGUGCCCGACUACUCCGCCUGCAAGCCGGCAUGCAUGCCAGACUACGCCACUCCGCUGAUGCUGGGCCUGCAGAACGUCACUGUCCGAAGUGACGUCCGCAUGGCAGACGGCGACUCCUUCGUGAAGCAAUGCAGCGAUUUCGGAUCCCAUCACCAGGGCACGAUCACGGUCACAUGCAGUACAGGCACCCUGUCGGUCGUGAACUCCUGCGAGGUCGGCUGUGCCGCCAAUCAAACAGUGCAGGUGGAGCUCGACUGGAAUCUCUUCGUUACCGAACUGGGCCAGGUGAUUCUGCACUCUCAAAGUGCUGAUGUGGACUGUCCGCACGGGUUCACUGGCAGCUUGAGCCUUGAUUGCACGUCUGGCGUCGCCAGCGUGGGGUCUUCCAGCGGCUGCGAGCCCCUUCCAUGUCCGAUUGGCACCACGAGCUACAUGGAGUACGAUUUCGUCGGCCGCAAUGUCACACUCGAGACCAACCGGGACCACAACGAGAGCUACAGCCUGGAGUGCGCGUACGUCAACCCGGUCUUCCGGGGAGACUUCCAGGUGGUGUGCAGGUACGGCAACAUCACUGGCGACUUCUCCACAUGCAUUGGCGACCCCUGCCCAUACGGCACCAGCAUCGAGGUCAUGGUGGGCUGGCAGAGCGCGAUCAAGGAGAACCCCUAUGGUCAGGUGGACCAUGGAACCACUUGGACGGAAGAUUGCAGCGGCAUCAACAACGAGUUCGCAGGCGAAAUCACACUGACGUGCAUCGGAGGCCAUUUCAGCUACGAUGCCUCCAGCUGCGUUCAGCAAGAAGUCGGCUGUCUUCCAACAGGUGAGGGCCAGCAAAUCGCCGUCGGCAACGACACCAAGGUCUUGCGGCCCACAUCUGGAGUUGCACUCGGCGACGAUUUCGCAGAGGACUGUGGCGAUUUCUUCCCUGGCCACGUGGGAACAGUCUCCGGCACCUGCAGCAGCCUGGGCAGCUACGCCGGCGUGCAGGUGAACUGCAUUCCACAGGCCUGCGCUGCAGGCUUGGCUUCGAAUGUCACCAAGAGCGGCAUCGACUCGGUCGUUUUCACGUCGGUUGCACUGUCGCAUGCGGAGACAGUGACGGUGGGCUGCGAUAGCGCCGACGAGGCACUACAGGGCGACCUCCGUCUGACCUGCCACUUUGGCACGGUCUUGGCCGACGCGUCCUCCUGCGAGCUCUUCUGCCUCCCUUCUCGGCCUGGGCAGGCGAUUCUUGGAGGCCUCGUGCACACGGUCACACCCCCGCAGGCCUUCCAAGACCCUUACGGCUUGGACUGCUCGUUGGUGAUGACCGGCUUCGCGGGUCAGGCUGUGGUGCGAUGCAACGGCGGAGCCGUCGACGCAGAUGUGUCGGCCUGUCAGGCGAUGCCAUGCGCUGCCAACAGUUCCGCCAGCGCCACGCUUUACGAUCGCAGCCAGACGUGGACAUUCGCAGAGGCUCUGCCCAGCGGCACCUCCCAGACUUACAACUGCUCUUCUGUGAACCCGGUCUAUGCCGGAAUCAUCGACAUCAGCUGUUUCGCAUCUGCGCUGUCCUUGGACAUCAGCGGAUGCACAUGCGAGGAUCAAAGCUGCAGCACGGCACCCUGCCAGAGUGGAGACAGCUUCAUCGCCGAGCUGUCCGGAUAUCGUCGCGAGUAUGCCGUUGCCGAAGCACUAGGAUCUUUGAAUUCCACCAUCGUGGCCUGCAAUGAUGUGGUACCCGGCCACGACGGUAGCCUUACGGUGCUCUGUACCGGAGGAAUCUUGAAAGCGAACUCCAGCGCUUGCAUGGCGCGUGGAUGUUCAUCUUCUACUCCUGCGCAGCAGAUUAUCGUCGGCGGCGCCACUGGCACUGUGACGACCGAGCAGGAGCUGGUCCACAGAGAGCACUUCGUUUGGGACAACUGUUCCAACCUGCAGUCAGGCUACAAGGGAGUCAUUAACACCACAUGCUACCUCGGCGAACUCGUCGUGGAUGGCGGCUCCUGCGUGCCACAGCCGUGCGUGGAGGAAGUGCGCGAAGUUGUGGUGGCAGGUUUGGCUCUGACCGUCCGGCUAACAGGAACGCUCCUGGGAACCACCUCUCCGGCCCCUCAUGGUUUUGAGGGGACGGGUGAGUGCUCUCAGCUGGAUGAAAACCUCGUCGGAUCGUUCUCCGUGGGCUGCACCGCCUCAGAGUUCAAUCUGGAUCUCGGCCAGUGCGUGCUGAAUACCUGUGAACCUCCGAGUACAGCUAUCGCUUCGCUGGGCGACACGACGCAGUCUGGCUCGCUGGUUCUUGACGAGACGCAUGAGCACACCUGUCCAAACGUCUCCGUUGUCGCCGGCUACGAGUGCGAAGUUUCUUGCAUCCGUGGGUAUGGCGGCGACAACACCAGUCUUCGAUGUUGGGCAGGAGUGCUGCAGCCCGUCAGCGGAGCUCUAAACCUCUGCGAGAAGCUACCUCUCUUUGUCAAAGUAACAGGCACUCUGGACCUGCAGGUGAGUGACCCGCAGGCUUUUGUCCGAGAUGAAGAUGCGGUUCAAGGGACAAAGACGGCUCUGGCCCGUACCUUCGGCGUGAAUGAAUCCUUGAUCAACGUGACGUUGAAAGUUGUUGCCAUCAAUGCAACCAGCAAUGCCACGGAGGGAGAGAACUCGACCGGCGAGAGGCGCUUGAGCUUCCUUGAGCAAACAGUGAUCUUCCCGGCGCGGCGUUUGGCCAUGCUGGUCGUCAGAGUGUUAUUCACAAUCCUUGAAGAAGUUGAGUCUGAAGAAGCGAUCGAGCAGCGCGGAAACGAGUUGAUGGAGGCCCUUUCGUCGGCCUCAGACGAGCAGCUUGCGGAGACCCUGGUCGAGGCCAUUGCCGAAGUCUCCGGUGGAAACUCAACCUACGAGGUGACGGUGGUGGAUCGACAGGCCAACGUCACAGUGCUGUUUGGCGACAGGGACUAUUCUGGUGACUUUAACAUCACUAUCCCGCCGGUCUACGAGCCUCCCCCGACAGAUGAUGGCGGCAUUACCACCACCGGCCUGAUCCUGGGGGUCGUCGCUGGCAUCAUCGCGCUGUUCGUGGGCGGCCUUUGUGUCGGCUGCCUCGUUGGGCGGUGCGUCGCGAAGAGGGCGAAGCGCCAGACAGAGCACUUCAUCUUCUCGGACAGUCCGCCUCAGCCAGACGUCGAAGUACCCGAGGGCAACUACCAGGGCAACGUUUUCCUGGACGACGAUGCCUUCGACAGCGCUGCCUUCAGAGACGAGCCGGUUCCACCAGACUCUCCGCCGGCGCAGCCCGGGCAGGCUCGUAAUCGCGUCGUUGAGUUCGAAGAGACCCAAGCGGCAGUUCCGGAGGAGGCUUCCCGUUCCCGCGCGUCAGAGGGUGAGGGCUCCCCAGCCCCGGCGCAGGCCACGCGAUCCAGACAAUCCUACGACUCGAGCGCUUUCCCCAUCAUGGAGCAGGCCCCAAGUGAGCCCGAGCCAUUGAUGGUCAGUACUGUGUAA